AUGGUGGAUGAAACAUCAAACAUCCUUGGAGGGGCUGGUUCAAUGUGUGGAGAAAAGUUAUUAUUUAUUCCUUAUUGCAAUCUUGAUGUGGAGGAGUUCCUAAAUCUAAAGCCUAAAGAUUGUCCCAUCAUCUGUAAGUUGCUUGAUACUUAUUUUGAGAAUGCCAUUGGUUGUCUAUUUGCCAAACAUGGGUUAUCUCUUUCAAGACUGAGAGGACAAGGAUAUGAUGGGGCUUCAAAUAUGGGAGGAAAAUUCAAUGGUUUGAAGGCACUUGUCCUAAAAGAAAAUCCAUAUGCAAGAGGCAUAGCGGCAAGUUUGAUUGAAAAAAUGGAGAAUUAUCAAUUUGUGUUUGUGAUGUAUUUGAUGAGGCAUUUAUUGGGAAUAACAAAUGAGUUAUCACUUGCUUUACAACAAAAAGAUCAAAAUAUUGUUCAAGCAAUGCGUUUGAUUGAAGUUGUAAAGGCUCGUCUUCAAGACUUGAGGGAGACAGGAUGGGAGGCAUUUUUGGAGGAAGUCAGCUUUUUUUGUGAACAAAACUCAAUCCCAGUGCCUAAUAUGGCUGAUAAUAUGCGAGUCCGCGGUCGUUCUAGACGGGAAGGGCAAGUCAUUACUCAUUUUCACCAUUACCGCGUUGAAAUUUUCUGUGAGGUCAUUGAUUUGAUUUCACAAGAAAUGCAAAACCGCUUCCCAGAAACUAGCACAGAAUUACUUCUUCUUCUAUCAUGCCUUGAUCCAAGGGACUCAUUUUCCAAAUUCAACAUCUACAAGCUACUUCGUCUUGCAGAACUUUAUCCAGAAGAUUUCACAAUGACUGAGCGCAUGAUGCUUGAGGAUCAACUUGCUACUUUUAUUUAUGAUGUGCGGCAUGAUACAGAUUUUAUAAAUUUGGCAUUGGUUUUACCAGUUGCGACAGCUAGUGUUGAGAGGAUGUUUUCGGCGAUGAAUAUUGUGAAAGCUGACUUACGCAAUAAAAUGGGAGACGAGUGGAUGAAUGAUAGCCUGGUUGUCUAUAUUGAGCGCGAGGUUUUUGCAACUAUAGACAAUGAAGCAAUUCUAUUACCUCCUCUUAGUCUGAGCCACAUGGCUCACAUUUCUAGCAUUAACAUUGGCAUUGGUUCUAGUUCAAGUGUACGCAAAUAG